CUCAGCAGCUCCAUCCAGAGACUUCAGUCGCUAUCGGAGCCUCCGCGUCUGUCAGGCCCUUAAAACACAGAGGAAUCUCCCCUCUGGACCAGAGUAAAACAACACUUACGAUAAUGCCCACGAUAAAACUCCAGAGCUCCGAUGGAGAGAUCUUUGAGGUGGAUGUGGAGAUCGCCAAGCAGUCCGUCACCAUCAAGACCAUGUUGGAAGAUUUGGGAAUGGACGACGAAGGAGACGACGACCCGGUCCCCCUGCCGAACGUCAACGCCGCCAUCCUCAAGAAGGUGAUCCAGUGGUGCACUCAUCACAAAGACGACCCCCCUCCUCCAGAGGACGAUGAGAACAAGGAGAAGAGGACGGACGACAUCCCCGUCUGGGACCAGGAGUUCCUCAAAGUGGACCAGGGCACCUUGUUUGAGCUCAUCCUGGCCGCCAACUACCUGGACAUCAAAGGUCUGUUAGAUGUCACCUGCAAGACGGUGGCCAACAUGAUUAAAGGCAAAACCCCCGAGGAGAUCCGGAAGACUUUCAACAUCAAAAAUGAUUUCACAGAGGAGGAGGAAGCCCAGGUACGCAAAGAGAACCAGUGGUGUGAAGAGAAGUGAGGGCGCCGCCCCCUGAACAGGAACUGUCCCCGCUGGUCGCUCUGGUGUUGUUCAUACUUGUCAAUAUUUACAUUUAGUAUAUUUAGAGCCACACACGCCCCCCCCCCCCCCCCUUAUCUCUCUGCACCCCAUAGCAUGACCAUUUUUAACUUGAAUGUGUAUUUUGUCAUUAUUUAAACAAAGAAGCUCUUUUGUUUCCCCACACACUCAAAUUAAAUCCUUUGUUUCCUUAGCCGACGUUUUCUCCCGUUCAUAACGGCUAUGGUUGUGUUUUGGUCUUUUUUUUACUGGACAUGUUUUUCUUUUAGUUUGAUUGAAAAUAAAAUGGCUUUUUUGACAAUGGAAAUGAAACGGCGAUGUCGUGCUUCGUCUCGUUGUUGCGUAACGUGUUGGGCUCACGCGUCGAGGAACUCGUCUGUUUCUAGAUGUUUUGAAUAGGAAACUUUUUACCUCUCAGAUUAAAAAAGUGCUGACUUGGAUUUUGGGGAUGAUCAAAAGAUGUAUUGAGUUAUUGUGAGUAAAUAAAAUUUAUAAAAAGGCCA